UACAACGAACAGUCGCUCUUCGAUAACGACUAAGCGAAUAAGCGUGAAAAACAAUGCGGUUCGCGUUGCUAUUAGUGUUUCUGACGUUUUUGUAUUUUGCCCAUGGCUUGAGUUUGGUGGAAAUUUCUAUCAAUCGUAAUGUGGAGUCAAAGAGUUUUGGUUUAACUGGUCGUAUAAUUAAUGGAACAAAGGCAACUUUGAGACAAUUUCCUCAUCAGGUUUCUCUGAUGCGCAGCUGGAAUCAAAACCAUUUUUGUGGCGGAAACAUUAUUAGCAGCAAACUAAUACUUACUGCAGCGCACUGUAUGUAUCUCAAUAACAUUGUUAUUCAACCAUGGAUGAUUAUUGUGGUCGGAGGGACGCUAAAGCUAAAUGAAUAUCCUUCGACGAGACAGGAAAGAGGUGUGGAAAGUAUUGCAAUUCACCCGCAGUUUGAUAUAACGACUUUGUACAACGAUGUUGCCGUUUUACAACUAUUGGUAUCCUUUGAAUUAAGUCCGGAAGUUAACUAUAUUCCUUUGCCAGGAAAUCCUCCUGUGCCCGAAACUAUCUGUCAAGUGUCAGGAUGGGGUUACACAGCGGAGGAUGUUCCGAUAGUAUCCAAUGAUUUGAUGUACGUAAAUCUGCCUAUUCGAUCAACAGAAGAAUGUCGUGAACUACUUGUGAACGUAACAGAUUUGCCAACGGGGAUGUUAUGCGCCGGCUAUCUGGAAGGAGGAAAAGACUCUUGUCAAGGUGAUUCUGGCGGUGGAAUGGUCUGCAAUGGUAUUUUAACCGGUAUCGUCUCUGGCGGCGAAGGUUGCGCGCAGCCACGGUUGCCUGGAAUAUAUGCAGAUAUUUUUCACUAUAUGGAUUGGAUAUCAAAUCAACAAAAUGUAAUAAUUGUGCACAAAUUUCAUAUUUUAGCUAACAAUCAUAGUACACAUAAAACGCCGACAAUUACAGUCGUGAUGAUUUCUUUUUUCUUGUGUUCCUAUCGGCUUGUUCUUGAAAUGAAGAAUCGAAUAAUUGACAUAUUGAUAAAAUAUUGAUAAAAUAUUUGUUGAUUGUUAAACAAAAAACAGACACUGUUACAAAUGUAGAAGUGCACGGCUUAUAAAUAUGUGAUGUAAUACGCAAAAUAUCUCACGAGAAUUUAAUUUGUUACCGGCAAACACUCGGUUUAUUUUAUAGAGAUAUUUUACGUGCUGAAAUGGACAUUAUACAUGAGAUUUUAUGUUUUAUAUAUAACAAUCUCAGAAAAUUUACGCAAUUAAUAUUUUUGUAAAGAACAAUGAAUAAUUAAACUGUCAUAUAAAUAUUUA